UUGCUAUUUCAGUUUAUAUUAAACAUUUUAAUUUGAUAACUUAUUUCGUAUAUAAUCAAUAAACAAUACAAGUAACUCAAAAUGGUUAUUAAAGCAGUUUGUGUUCUAAAUGGCGAAAAUGUUAAAGGAACUGUUUUUUUCUCGCAAAACGAUGAAAAAUCCCCAGUCGUGUUGUCAGGCGAAGUUACUGGUUUAUCUAAAGGACUACACGGAUUUCAUAUUCAUGAAUUUGGAGAUAACACCAAUGGUUGUAUGAGUUCAGGUCCUCAUUUUAACCCUUUUGGAAAAACCCAUGGUGCUCCUAAUGAUGAAUCUAGACAUGUUGGUGAUCUUGGUAAUAUAAUAGCUGAUGAUUCCUCAGUUGCAAAAGUAAAUAUCAGUGACUCGGUGAUUUCACUCUCUGGACCACUCAAUAUAAUUGGACGUACUUUAGUGGUUCAUGCUGAUCAAGAUGAUUUAGGUAAAGGUGGUCAUGAAUUGAGUUCAACAACUGGAAAUGCUGGUGCUAGAUUGGCUUGCGGUGUUAUUGGAAUUACAAAAUAAACUAAAGUUCUUAUUUUCAAAAUGAUAAAAAGUAUCCAACUGUUCUUUUUUUUUUAGUUUAUUAUAAUACUGGUGUUAGAUUAUAUAAAUAUAUAUUUGUUAUUUUUCAA